ACGGACCACGGGCGGUGCCGCCCACUUCCUACUUACCUGGAGGUCGGAGUGGGGUUUGGGCGACUACCGCAGUCCUUUGGAAGAAUCUCGCGCUCCGGUUUCCGUCCCCCUCCGCUAGCCGGACGACGGUGCACGUUGAACUUAGCGGGCGACGCAGGGCUCUGAAGUGGGCUUCAGGACAGGGUCUGUAGCGCGGGGGUCCUGGCGAACCCGAGAACUGGUGCAGUGGGGGCAGCCACGGUUUGGAGUCUUUCUCGCAGAAAGGGAAAGGAAGCCGGGGUCCCGGCACACGCGCGGCCAGAGACCUCCCCCGGCUUCCCAUUCGUUCCUUGGGGUGUCUUUUACUACGUUGUUGCGGCCUGAGACUUUGGAAACUGUUCCUUGUCUGCGGUGCUCCGACUUCGAGAACGAAGAGCCCCGUGCCAAGGGAGUCUAACAUUUUCAGAGAACUCUUUGGAAAGAACAAGUCUACUUCAAUAAAUGAAGGAAAAUAAAGAAAAUUCAAGCCCUUCAGUAACCUCAGCAAACCUGGACCACACGAAACCAUGUUGGUACUGGGAUAAGAAAGACUUGGCUCAUACACCCUCGCAGCUCGAAGGACUCGAUCCAGCCACAGAGGCCCGGUACCGCCGAGAGGGGGCCCGGUUCAUCUUCGAUGUGGGCACACGACUGGGACUACACUAUGACACCCUGGCAACUGGAAUAAUUUAUUUUCAUCGCUUCUACAUGUUUCAUUCCUUCAAGCAAUUCCCAAGAUAUGUGACAGGAGCUUGUUGUCUCUUUUUGGCUGGGAAAGUGGAAGAAACUCCAAAAAAAUGUAAAGAUAUCAUCAAAACAGCUCGUAGUUUAUUAAAUGAUGUACAGUUUGGCCAGUUUGGAGAUGACCCAAAGGAAGAAGUAAUGGUUCUGGAGAGAAUCUUACUGCAGACUAUAAAGUUUGAUCUACAGGUAGAACAUCCAUACCAGUUCCUGCUCAAAUAUGCCAAACAGCUCAAAGGUGAUAAAAACAAAAUUCAAAAGUUGGUUCAGAUGGCAUGGACCUUUGUAAAUGACAGUCUCUGCACCACCUUGUCACUGCAGUGGGAGCCGGAGAUCAUAGCAGUGGCAGUCAUGUAUCUAGCAGGACGUUUGUGCAAGUUUGAAAUACAAGAAUGGACCUCCAAGCCCAUGUACCGGAGAUGGUGGGAGCAGUUCGUUCAGGACGUCCCUGUUGAUGUUUUGGAAGACAUCUGCCACCAGAUCCUAGACCUCUACUCCCAAGGAAAGCAACAGAUGCCUCAUCACACGCCCCAUCAGCUGCAGCAGCCCCCGUCUCUUCAGCCUGCACCACAAGUGCCGCAAGUUCAGCAGCCACAGCCAUCUCAGGGCGCCGAGCCAGCCCCGCCCCCGCAGAAGGACUCACAGCAGUCAGCCCAGCAGCCGCCGCCACCACCCGCACAGCAGCCCAAGAAGCUGUCUCCGCAGCCCAGCCCUCCCCGCCAGGCGAAGCGUGCUGUGGUUGUUUCUCCCAAAGAAGAGAACAAAGCAGCAGAACCACCACCACCUAAAAUUCCCAAAAUUGAGACCAGCCACCCACCAUUGCCUCCUGCCCACCCGCCCCCAGACCGGAAGCCUCCCCUCACCGCUGCCCUAGGCGAGGCGGAGCCGUCUGGCCCAGUGGAUGCCAGCGACCUCCCCAAAGUCCAGAUCCCUCCUCCGGCCCACCCAGCCCCUGUGCACCAGCCACCACCAUUGCCGCACCGGCCCCCGCCACCACCCCCCUCCAGCUACAUUACCGGGAUGUCCACCACCAGCUCCUACAUGUCGGGAGAGGGCUACCAGAGCCUGCAGUCCAUGAUGAAGACUGAAGGCCCCUCCUACGGCGCCAUGCCCCCUGCAUACGGCCCGCCUGCUCACCUUCCCUACCACCCCCAUGUCUACCCCCCCAACCCUCCCCCGCCCCCUGUGCCCCCUCCUCCAGCAUCCUUUCCCCCACCCACCAUCCCGCCCCCUACACCUGGCUACCCACCACCCCCACCUACCUACAACCCCAACUUCCCACCCCCUCCCCCACGCCUGCCCCCCACCCACGCAGUCCCACCUCACCCCCCUCCGGGUCUGGGUCUGCCCCCAGCUAGCUACCCACCUCCCGCUGUCCCCCCAGGAGGACAGCCGCCUGUGCCCCCUCCCAUCCCUCCACCUGGCAUGCCUCCUGUGGGGGGGCUGGGGCGGGCUGCCUGGAUGAGAUAACAGGACAGGACGCCCUUUGGCCCCUCGUUUUUAAUAAGAGUGUUUUUAAUCAACCUGAGUAGCUAGGUGGGUAAGCGGCAGGGUACUUUGUAUGUUAGACAGCUGCAGUAUGGGAAGAAGGGCCUGGGCCUGGCACCUAGGGUGGGCAGCAGCCUGGUGGGCCGGGCCUCCUCUGCAGUCCGUUUACAUGGUUUCCACUCACAUCGGCGCCCUGCACUGGGUUUAUACUCAGGAGGCGCUAACCAGCCAUAUUGGCUCCAUAGAUAGCUUCCUUCUAGAAAUCAGUGCCUAUUUUCCUGGAAACUCGAUUUUAAAUAGUCCAGUUCCACCUGAAGUCCAGCUGUUGUCAUUGUUCCUGUCCAGUGAUUUCCCAUGAUACCCAGCAGGUCAGAGGAGCCCCUUUUUUCAUCGGCAGAUGUUUGCAUCCUUUGUAUUAAAAUUAUUUUGAAGGGGUUGCUUUGUUGGAUGGAUUUUUUCUUUCCCAGAGAGAUGUGUACUUGGAAAGUAAAGUAUGUUUAGUUUACAUCUAUUUGCAAAUUCCUGUACAUAAAGAUACAUUUUUUGUUUAGUGUGAAUGUAACAGCAUACUGUGAAUUCCAUCUUAGUUACAAAUGAGACUCCUGCGGUCAGUUAACCAAAUAAAAUCAGUUCUGAAA